AUUAGGAAGAUGGCGGCUGCCCCGCUAUACUGUGUCUGCCGGCAGCCUUAUGAUGUUAACCGGUUUAUGAUCGAAUGCGACAUCUGUAAAGACUGGUUUCACGGCAGUUGUGUUCAGGUAGUGGAGCACCAUGCUGCUGAUAUCGAUGUUUAUCACUGUCCAAACUGUGAGCCCAUCCAUGGACCCUACAUGAUGAAAAAGCAUAACAACUGGCACAGGCAUGACUACACGGAGCCAAAUGAUGGCACACGGCCCGUGCAGGCAGGAACUGCUGUGUUUGUGAAGGAACUCCAGGCCAGGAGCUUUGCCAGCGGUGAUAUUCUGGUGCAGAUGCAGGGGAAUCAGGUGACCAAACGCUUCUUGGAGAAAGAGGGCUUCAAUUACCCUAUAGUGGUGCAUGACCUGGAUGGACUGGGGCUGAAACUGCCCCCUCCAUCAUUCUCUGUCAGUGAUGUGGAGCAUUACGUUGGUGCAAAUAAAGUCAUCGACGUGAUUGAUGUGGCGAAACAGGCAGACAGUAAGAUGAAGCUGGGAGAGUUUGUCAAAUAUUACUACCAACCUGAACGGCCCAAAGUGUUGAAUGUUAUCAGCCUGGAGUUCUCUGAUACAAGGAUGUCAAAUCUGGUGGUGGUUCCUGAUAUCGCUCAAAAGAUGUCCUGGGUUGAAAACUACUGGCCCGAUGACUCGUUCUUCCCCAAACCGUUCGUGCAGAAGUAUUGUCUUAUGGGAAUGAAAAACAGCUACACAGAUUUCCACAUCGACUUUGGAGGAACUUCAGUGUGGUAUCAUGUACUUUGGGGAGAGAAGAUUUUCUACUUGAUCAAGCCAACGAAAGCUAACCUUGCACUAUAUGAGGCCUGGAGCUCAUCGCCUAAUCAAAGCGAAGUUUUCUUUGGGGAAAAAGUCGACAAGUGUUACAAAUGCGUGGUGAAGCAGGGAACUACCAUCUUACUGCCUACUGGCUGGAUUCAUGCUGUUCUCACUUCUCAGGACUCGAUGGCGUUUGGAGGAAACUUCUUGCAUAACUUAAACAUAGACAUGCAGCUCAGGUGUUAUGAGAUGGAGCGCAGACUGAAGACUCCAGAUCUCUUUAAGUUCCCAUAUUUUGAGGCCAUCUGCUGGUAUGUGGCCAAAAACCUGCUGGAGACUCUUAAAGAACUGCGUGAGAAUAAAUGUGAAGCUCAGGGUUUUCUGGUGAACGGAGUGAAAGCUUUAAUCUCAUCACUGAAGAUGUGGUUGAGGAGGGAGCUCACUCAGCCUAACAGCGAAGUGCCAGACAACAUCAGACCAGGACACCUCAUUAAAGCUCUGAGCAAAGAGAUCCGACACCUCGAGGACGAUUCCAAUAAAGCUGUGAAAACUCAGGGAAGUGCUGAAUGUUCUUUAUCCCGCUCGACACUGGAGAAAGGAGAUCAAGCCCAACAGGCUGCUCGGCGACUGCAAGAUCAUCAUCAUCACAGACGCCGCCACCACCAUCACCACCAUCAUCAUCAUCAUCACCACCACCAUCAUCACAGCCGAAAACUGCCCUCAAACCUGGACGUGCUGGAGCUCCACACACUGGAGGUGUUGAAGAGACUGGAGGUUGGCCAGCUGAAGGAGGACUCGGCCUUCAGCUCCAAAGUCAAUGGCAAGUUCAAGAAAGUGUGUCCAGUGCCUGCUGCGGCGGUGGAGGCUAGUCAUGAUAACGCCCUGCGGCUGGUCAUGUGCAAUGGAAAGAUUAUUCGGGAGAGGAUGCCCAUCACUAAUGUGGCAGCAACAGUCAACGCCGUGGAGAUGUACCAUAAACACAGGAUAAAGCUGGAAAGAAUCCCAAUGUGUCCAGAAGAAAAAGUUAAAAAAGAAAAAUGUGAGGAUGAAUUUGGUGUACAAUGCACUAUAAAGAAACCAGUCAGUCAAGGUGAAAGUGUGCAGACAGAACUCAGGACAGAGUCGCCACAUUUAGCAUCUUCAGACAGCGACUCAAAGGCGGGUGAUUCUGCUGAGAAGUGUUCAUUGGAGUCUGAGAGUUCAGAUGGAGAGGACGGAGGAAGCCAGAGAGACUCAGGGACUUUUGUGGAGCAUCUAAACAGCCACCGGCAUAGCCACCAUAAGCAAGCAUUAAAACGUGAACGUCCUACCUCACCCAACACUGACUGUGCCAUUCAGGGCAUGCUGUCGAUGGCAGGUCUGCUGUGUCCGCAGGCGUCAGGAGGAGCGGCUGAUAUUUUACAGCAGCGCUGGUGGGCCAGUCAGGGUAACGGCAGCAGCACCAGCAGCAGCAGUGACAUGUGGGACAGCAGUGAACCCUGUUCAGCCCCCCGCAGCCCAGAUGCAGAGGACGGCAGUCUGGGAGAGGAGUAUUCAUACAGAGAGAGCUCGCUUUCUCCUCCACUGCACCCCUCCAAACGACACGCGCCAAACCCCACACCCGUCAGCAACCAGGCCACUAAAGGAAAGCGUCCUAAGAAAGGACAGGCGACGGCUAAACAGAGGCUUGGAAAGAUCUUGAAAAUGAGCCGUCAUAAAGGCUUAUUCCUGUAGCAUGAUGGAGAAAAAACAAGACACGGCUGCUUUUCUUGAUGCGCUGGGAUUAUUUCACACUCACUCACUGUGCAUGUUUAGGCAACAGGGUAUGAUCACUUUCUUCACCAAUCAAUCACCAAAAAAACACAUCAAUUAGUGCAAGAAAACAGCUUUACUUUAGCCAACAUCACAACAUGAACAGCCAAGAGUCUCCAAAGGAAGCACAGAAGUGGACGGGAAAGAGUGUGUAUGUGCGUGCUUGUGUGUCCCGAAUUGAGGCCUCUUCUGUCCCUCAUCUUUACCUCGAUUGACGUGUGUAGCAUGAAGCCGAUGGUCUUCCUCAUCCCUCAACAGGGCGGCACUCCAUUGGACCCUCAGUUCCUCCUCCAGUCGUCUUCAAUCUGUGUUUUUCCUCCUCCUCUGAUCGUCUCAGGCUGAUGUGUGAGCUUUUUAUAAAUGGUGCUGAACAUUUAUAUGUCCUUCUCUCAAACCCUUGUGUUCCUCUUUAAGCAAUAAUUGUACAGCGGUGAGUGGUGUUGAGGAUUUUACUGGGCCGCACUUUUAGGAUGCAGGAAAAAAUAAGUCCUCU